AUGAUUCCCCCAACCCUUCUCGCCCUCCUCGCCGCCCAUGUCGUCCACGCCGCCCUCCCCCAGGUCGACUUCAACCGCAUGGGCACAGUUGGCCUCGCAGGCGCGUUCGCAGGCCUAGACCUCUUUUCCGACAGCCCCGUCUCCUUCGAUCCCGCCACCUCAACCCUCCUUUCCCGUGCCAAAGACGGCUCUCUCACCCGCCUCGCCUCAACAAACUCCGGGGGCUCCAUCCUCGCAGGCUGCGCCCUCGACAACACGUUUUACCUCGCCGGCGACUUUUCUUCCAUCAACGGCAUCGCCGCAUCCAACAUCGCAUCCUACUCCCCUUCCUCCGGUGAUUUUGCGGCUGUUGGUUCAAACAGUCCCAAUGGCCAAGUCAACGCCCUCUUUUGCGAUACGAAGGACAACAAGCUGUGGGCUGGUGGGAGGUUUUCGUCACCGGGAUCGUCGAUUGCCGUCUACGAUCCCGAGGCUGGAUCCUGGGCUUCAGCUCCUUUCACAGGCAUUGCUGGUGCCCAGGCCCAAGUCAAUUCCAUAUCGACCAAUUCCUCGGACGAGAGCAUCUUUUUCGCGGGCUCAUUCUUGACAGGUUUCGGUAAUGCCAACGCAGCCUUAAAUGGCACAAACAAUCCCAACGUGCCCUUCUCGCCGGGCGCUUCGCCCUUCUCGUCUUCCCUCGUUCCCAUCCCUCUGCAAAAUGCCCAGAUAGACGCGUCCCCUUCCUCCACGCAAUCCGGGUUCUCCAACAUCCAGAACGUCCUUUGCCCUGCUGGCCCCGAUGGCAGUAGCAACAGUUGGUUUGCAGCAGACAAUUCGACACCGCUUGUUACUGUCCGAACGUUCUCCUUCAUUUCGGCAAAUGGCGUGCGUCUCGGAAACACCUUCCAGCCAGACCAUGGAACGACAGGCUUCACAGUGACGACUAUUCCUGACAACACCGUGCAGACCCUCAAGUAUGUUGAUCCCACCACCGGCCAAAACACCACAUGCAGCGAUCCCUGCCCAUUGUCAACCGACUCUUCCAUCCUGUAUCAAGAUUUCUUGUUUGACCGCCCUCUCUCCAUCACUGGCGUUCAAAUUAAGCUCUCUCAGUUCACUGGCGCCAGUGCUGGGUUGCACUUCCUCCAACUUCUCUCCUCUGGUGCUUUCGCAUCGUCAAUCGGGCAGAAUAACGGCCCGUCGUGCUUUGCCCCUGGUCCCUCGAAUGCAACUCAGACAGGCCAAUGGAGUGCGCUGCAGGUCGAUACGGGCAUCCCAGGGACGGUCCAGAACAUCCUCGUCUCCUCAGUUCCCGUUGGGACAUCGUCAUCUUCAGGCCCUACUUUGACGUGGAUGCCCUACGUCUCGGCUGCGGGAAAUUACGACAUCAGAUUUUACGUACCAGGAUGCAUAGAGUUGAAGGAUUGCGCUGCUAGGACCUCCGUCCAAGUCACCGUCUUCCCCGGUGGAGGCCUUCCUCCCUUCAUUCAAACCGUAUCGCAACAGAAUACGGAAAAUGCGAUGACGACGGUAUACAGCGGUCCUAUCUUACCGACCUCGCCCGACUUCUCCACGACGAUUAGAAUGGCGCUUGCUGAUUCACCUGUGGGCACUGGCGAGAAUGGACAAUGGACAAUACUCGCAGAUCGGGUAGAGCUCGUGUUGACAUCAGCCAACGCAACAGCCUCAAGUGAUGGAACGAAUGGCACCGGUGGUGUAGGGGGACUUGCGCGAGGAUUUGGAUUCUUCGAGUGGCCUCGCUCAGCUUCGUCCACAUCGGGAAUAGAUGGACGGAGAGCCUUCCCUAAUUCAACGUUGACGUCGCUGGACACCCUCGGAUUCGAUGUCCUUAGCGGGUUGGGAGGUGUUAACGCCCUGGCCUCGCCCAACUUGGGUCUCAACGCGGUCGCCUUCCACUCUUCCGGCAUUUUUGUUGGAGGUUCAUUCGCUCUGACUUCCGGGCCAGCCUCUGGCUCAUCCAACAUUAUUUCCUUCAAGAAUGGUGUCCUGGCAGGUUUGGCGGAUGGUGGUCUAAAUGGAGAAGUGUUGUCGCUCCUGCUCAAUGGAGAUCAACUGUUCGUCGGAGGAUCCUUCAAGGACACUCGCUCCGGAUCAACAGGCGACAGGCUCAGCGGUAUCGGAAUCUACAACGCGCAGACGAACUCUUGGACUCCGCUCAACGCUGGUGUCGAUGGCGCCGUUUUCAGUAUGGGAUUAGUUGAAAAUCAAAUCCAGGUCGCCGGUAACUUCACGAAGAUCCUUUCAUCGCCAAAUAGCAAUACCGGCAUCGACGCGCCAGGCUUCGCUGCUUGGGACAUUGAGACCUCUACCUGGGUCAACAGUGGUGGAUUCGUUUCUGGCAGGAUGUCAUUCGUUGGCAAUGCCGAUUCUUCAACCCAAUUCGUCGCUGGUAGCGUUUCAGCUUCUCGCAAGUUCGGCGCGUCUGGUUUGGUCAUGCUCCAGAACGGCGACGAGAACGGGCCUGAGGUUUUCCCUCUCUCUGUUGACUUGAGCGGAGCCGUCUCAUCGUCGGCCUCGUCCAGUUCUCUGACUCGUCGGACGCCGAAGCCACGUAGUGCAUGGAUGUCGCACAUGAAGUUUUCCCACCUAUUCGCCAGACAGUCAAGCCCCAGCCAGCAAACACCCCUACCUGCAGCUCUUCCAGCGGUUGCCCCUGCUGUUUUGGCGGGGGCUUUCUGGAAGAACGGUUCCCAGGAGGUCGCCAUCCUGGGUGGCAACUUCUCCUUCGUUGCAACCGGCGCUUCAAGCUCUUCGGAAGCGGUAGCCAUCUACGACCAGGAAACUUCGACAGUGCAGGGCCUUAGCGGUGCUCAGAUCAACGGCAUCGUUAGGACUCUCCUCGUCGUCGGCGACUCCCUGUUCAUCGGAGGAGAAUUCACCAUCCCAGGCGCUUCUAUCAACGGCCUUGCCUCGUAUGAUCUAUCCAGGAAUGCCUGGAAUCUCGAUGGGCUCCAGUCCUUGCAGCCAACUGCAGGAUCCACCGUUAUUGUUCGAUCCAUUACUCAGUCCGACUCACGCCCUGAUCUUAUUCUCGUGGCCGGCUCGUUCGCACAGGCUGGCUCUUUGCGUUGCCAAGCGAUCUGCAGCUUCGACAUGACGAGCAGGCAAUGGAAUGCUCUUGGAAACGGUAUUCAAGGAGAAGUGUCAUCCGUAGCGUAUUCUGGCAAUAACCAGGAGACUCUUGUCGCUGGAGGUUCAAUAAAUCUAGCAGACAACACAGCCUCCAACGUUGUGGAAUUCAACUUUGACAACGCUACCUGGGUCGCUGUUGGGACUGGGUCAGAAAUUCCUGGACCUGUCACGGCCCUCGAGGUCAAUAGUGGAAACUCGAGUAGUCUAUUUGCUGCUGGCCAGUCAAGUGAUGGUACAUCCUCAUUCUUGGCUUUCUGGAAUGGAGAAAGAUGGUCGACACUAGGGUCAACACUCGCGCAGGGCUCAACCGUUUCUCAACUCACCAUGGUCCCUCUCCAGAACACCCAUACUGCAAACAGCAUAAUCGAAGCCGAUCGUAUGCUCAUGAUCUCAGGAGCCUUAUCAACAUCGUCCGGAAACGCAUCUUCAGCUCUUUAUGACGGACAAUCCGUACUCCCUUAUAUUGUGUCGACUUCCGCAAGCGGCACAGCUGGCUCAGUGUCCUCGCUCUUUCAUUCUUUCAAAACUUUCAGCUUCGCUCAAAGGCGAUUUUUGGCCACUGGUGUUGUUAUUCUUAUCUCGAUUGCAAUCGCGGCAGGAGUGGUAUUCCUCCUCGCACUCAUCGGCAUUCUAUGGACUCUCUUCUCCCGGAAAGAUGAUAAACUCAAUAAAUAUGAUGUCGCUCAAGAAGAGGACGACGAUUCAGCUCAUCACCGACCAUCAUCCCUGCUGGAACAUAUCAAUGCUGCCACCCGCUCUACUAUCAUGGGCGCUAGUCCUUACAGCAACUACAAUGCCGAGAAGGAAGAGAAGUCCACUGGUGGUCCUCAAGAGCAAGAUCCAUUUGGCCCAGACGCCAGCAAUUACCUGCGUGCAGAAACACCUUCCGAUGCCAUUGGUGGCUUACUGGCCGAGGAGACAAGUCGACCAGCACAUGCCAGAUAUUCUUUCGAUGGCACAGGCGAAGGAGAGCUGCCACUGAAUGCUGGAGCUGAAGUCGAGGUUCUAGAUGAUAGAGAUCCUGCGUGGUGGUAUGCCCGCGAUGUGCGGAGUGGGCAAGAAGGAGUGGUUCCUGCAGCGUAUUUGUAUUAG